AUGCUGUCUGAAACGAGAACUUUCGCGCCGCCGUCGUUUCAUGACAGUGACGGGCCUGCGGAGCGUGUGGUGCCGGUCGGUCGCGAUUGCGUAAUCGUUAAUCGAGUGUCAGCCUUCGGCGACCGGAAGAGGGAUCCUCACGGAAUUUUUUGCGAAUCACCGAUAACCAUAGGUACAAAAACUGCGAGCGGCUGGAGGAGGCGAAGCCUCCCGCCGCACAAGCAUUAUCAGCUGGACCUCGAUUAUUUAGAAAGAAGAGGCGGAAAUACAAUAACUUACGAGGGCGCUGAAGGAAAUUCAAAAGAGGAAGAUAGCCCUGCGGACACAUUAGAUCGUGUUAAGGUUAUCUUCCUAGGUGCAUCCGGUGUAGGAAAGACGAGUAUAAUCAGACAAUUCGUCUGGAGCGAAUUCUCCGAGGAGUAUAGACCGACCGAGAGGCGGGAGACAUUUUAUCCGAGCGUAGUGCUGGCCGAUCGAUUAUACGAAUUGAAGAUCACCGAUUUGCCCACCAUUCCGUAUUUCCCGGUCAGUUCGCACUUGGAAUGGACGGACUUUCGUUAUUAUGGACUGCGGAGUGCAACAGCGUACGUGCUUGUAUUUGAUCUCAGUAAUCAGGACACGUUUCAGUAUAUUAGAACGUUGCGCGAGCAAAUCUAUGAGGCGCGUGACAUGAGAGGCGUACCUUUGCUGGUGGUCGGGAACAAGCAGGACGAACUGUCACAGACCGUCGCUUCCGGGACCAGGUACAGGGACAUCGUGAACCUCGUCCGAAAACACUGGAGAUGUAGUUACGUCGAGUGCAGUGCCAGAUUUAACUGUCGCGUAGUGCAGGUGUUUCGGGAACUGAUGAAGAGCAUACAGGCAAUAGAAGGUAGGCCGAACUCGCCGUCACCCGCGGCCACGCAACCAAUGCGAUCCCAUCAGCACGAUACCAGCGAGAGAUGUAUUCUUCUUUGACAUUAAGACCAAAUCGCUUCCCUUACGAGGCAGUCGAUCAUACAAUGCACCGUCAUAUAUCAUGUAUCGUACUUGCCCUCGAGCAAUGAAACUAGAGUAAUAACAACUCGAAGAGCAUGUCACUCGAGGCACGAGAGUCAAGAGUGGUAGAAUACGUCGUACAUCGGGGGUGACUCUUCUAAGACUGUACAAGAGUGCUAACGUGCACAAUUACGCGAGCGAGUGGACGAGUGAAAUAACAAGUUUCGAAAUAAGCGACAAUAAUAAUCAAGUUUUA